CCUUUCAGUAUCACCACCCAAAAACUUUUACGAAAACGAGAGGGAGGAGCUCUGCUGGUUGCUGCAAAGAUGGCUAGGUAAGAGACAUUUAUUUUUGUAAUUAUAUUAUUAAAAUGCUAUUAUAAUUUUUUUAGUUAGUAAUUAGUGCAUUUGUUUGUUAUGUAAUGAUUUUAGAAAAUUUGAAUUAAUUGUUUGGUGGAAAUCGGAGAAAGUAGACGACAAUUUCGGCGUUCAUUUCGUUGGUGGUAGAAGGUUUCAGUUGACAGUUCCAUGUCGGGUGACAUAUCAUCAAUUUUGUGAGAAUCUAAUCCCGAGAAUACGGCGUAGAGACGAAGCAUUACAAGAUAGUGAUAUGAUCACAGGUUUCACUUACCGUCUUCCAGAAUGGCAGAAUGGUGUUCUAUUUCAUUAUGCGAUGCCUAUUGUGGAUGAUGAUGGUUUGAAUGUGCUUUUCGAUUUUAUGGCACAAAAUCAUUAUUGUUUGGGUGCUGAGGUACAUGCUGAGAUUAACCAGGCUGAUCAGGGUGAAGAUGAUACAUGGAGUGUGCCAUCUGACCAUGAUUAUGAGGACGACGAGGAGGAGGAGGAGGAGGAAGAUGGGGAAGAAGAGCAGCCUAACUUUCCUCCAUAUUUUUACUUGCAGGCUAAUGAAGAGGAUGAUUAAUUAUCAUAUGUUGAUUCAUAUGGGAUAAUUCCAAUGCCUAUCGUUACUGGUUUUGAAGGGGAAUUCUACAAAGGCCAGAUAUUUCACUCGAAACAAGCUGCACAGGUGGCGGUUAAACACCACGCACUACAACGCAACUUUUAGUAUGGCGUGGUGGAGUCGUCACCUUCAAUCUGGAAGGUUAGAUGCUUGAAGCAUAAGGAUGAAAAUUGUCCUUGGAUGGUGCGGUUUGGAUGUCGAAACGUUGGAAGCGAAUGGACUGUGAGGAAGGCCGAGUUGGUGCAUUCUUGUAGCAAUACGACUCAACCAACAGAUCAUCGCCAUCUUGAUGUCGACGUUAUAUCUGAGUCCGUGAAACAUUUGGUACGUGCCCAACCUAAUCUGAGUGUUCUAACUGUGCAAGCCGAGAUGAAAGAUAAAUUUAAUAUGUAAGU